AUGUCGGACACCCAUUCUGCUCUAUCGACACUUGUGACUGAUUCUGCAUUGAUUGUAUCGGAACGUAAAUCAGCGAAAGUGAUUCUUGUAACUAACCUUGUUCCGAAUGAAGCAAACUCUGAAAAUAUUUACUUGGCACUAGUUGCUGAAGAAACUCGUUGUUUCGCACCAUCUGUCUCUGAAAGUGUAACGUCUGCCCUUAGAACUCAUCAAAUGGUAGCGUCUUCUGAUCAAAUGGCAUCACCCACUCAUGAAACGCUGCUGACUGUUGCUGAAACUGAUGGGAAUGUAUCACUUGUUGCCAACCAUGUUGAUCUUGUUCUGAUGAUGACUGCAGUUCCUUAUCCUGUGUUUGCUCCAUCGGCAAAUGACUUGCUACUACCGCUAAUGUAA